UUUGAGGAAGUGGCAAGAUGGAACUGUUUCCACCUACAGCUGCUUUAAGCACUCGCUGGUGGCUGAUCAGUGUCUAGUGCAGUAGGGUUCCAUUUCAGUCAGACGCCGCUUGAUAUUUUGACAAUAAAAUUGGUGGCCAUGCUUCAAAGGAAACCAUCCAACGUCUCAGACAAAGCAAAAUCCAGCAAACCAAAGCGCUCCACCAGCUUUGGAAAGUUUGAAGCCUUCAAACACCAUCCAUCCCCAGUGAAGACAGAAGAAGGAGGCACAGGGGAGCAUGAUGAAAAGUCAGGUGAUGAGAGUGACCAAUCAAAAGCCGGGAGCCUGGGAAAGAAGAUGAGGGCCAUCUCUCUAACUAUGCGCAUGAAGAUGCACAAAAAGCACCCCAAGGCCGCAGAUGUGACGAGUGAAGACGUAGAAGGAGACCACGAGGAUGAAGUGGGCAGCCAUCAUCACUCAGAAGAGGAACAUCUGAAGACCAACUCUGUGGAGAGCCUCAACGGUGAGCAGAGCUCGUCCAGGGGUGUUACCAGUGGAUCCAAUCCUUCCAGUAACAGAGACAGCCUAAGACACGAGCAUGACGGCCCCUACACGGGGAGUUUUUGCGGAAGAGCCAGAGUCCACACCAACUUUGUUCCCAGCCCCUACGACACCGACUCCCUGAAACUGAAGGAGGGUGACAUAAUUGACAUCAUCAGCAAAACACCCAUGGGGAUAUGGACGGGCAUGCUGAACAAUAAAGUCGGUACUUUCAAGUUCAUCUACGUUGAUCUCAUCGCUGAGAAGGUCACCGAAGAACCAAAGAUCAGGCGCAACAGGCGGAGCAAGCGACCGAGGCCGAAGACACUACUGGAGCUGCUGGAACGUCUCAACUUGGAGGAGUACGCCUCAUCGUUACUACUCAAUGGCUACCAGACAGUAGAGGACCUCAAGGAUUUGAAGGAGAAACACUUGAUAGAGCUGAAUGUGACAGAUCCAGAACACAGACAGAAGCUUCUGGCUGCAGCUGAGUGUCUGCAAUACUCAGAGAACGACAAUCACCUGGAAAGUGAAGACGCCCCAUCGGACUGCCAGAAGCCGGAGCCGAGCGAGUAUCCGCGGGAUUCGGGCUGCUAUGUGUCGUCGGAGUGCUCGGAUAAUGGGAAAGAGGACUGUGACAGCCAGCAAUCAUGAUAUGACUCACGAUAUGAGUCAUGAUAUGACUCACGAUAUGACUCACGAUAUGAGUCAUCAUAUAAGCCUCUAUGUGACACUUAAUCCUCUCCCUGCUGUCUCCAAAAACCAUGUCUGUCUGUAUUUGACUGUACAGAGCUUCCAGUGUCUUUGUCAUAAGUGUACCCCGCCUUUAUUUAUUCAUUAAACUGAUAUAUCUUUUCAUGUGCUUUCAUAGUACUUCGUAUCAAUCACUCUUUACGGCCAGGAUCAUUUCACUUACAUGCUUUGAGCAUUUGAUGUUAUAAUAUGUCAGUGUAUUUGUCUUGUGUAUUUUUCCUUGUGUUGUGCUGCAUUUCACCCCUCAUUUAUAACUGUAAAAAAGGAAUAUAUUGUAAAUAUUUGAAGUUGAAAUAUUUGAGUUUGCAGGACACUUUAACAAAAUUGCUUAUAAAUGAAUUAGGGUACAUGCUGAAUUUUUAUUUAAAUCUACAACACUGUACACAGUUGUACGUAUAUUUCAAAACCAGUAUUAAAUUUAUUGUAGCAGUUAAGGGUUUGUAAAACCAGAAAUAAGACAAACAAUAGAAAAUUAUUUAUUAAUACUCUUUAUAUGUAAUCUUGUGUACUUCAACCAAUAAUUUUUUGUGCAUUUCUACUGAAAUUGUAUAUACAUUGUUUUUCAAAUAAAGUAUUUUAACCAUUA